AUGUCCCUCUCCGGUGUACUCUCAACAUUCGACGCGGGUCUAUACAAGUACCCAAUCUUCACUUCCGGUGAUCUCACUUCGGACAAAGCGGUGGUGUUCAUUGGAGGAUUGACCAAUGGUUUAGGAGCUGUACCGUUCAGUUAUCCUUUGUCAGAGGCUUUGGGCAAAGCUGGUUGGAAGUUUGUCCAGUUCCACUGGAGUUCGGCUUAUGGAGGAUACGGUACAGGUAGUUUAAAAAGGGAUAGGGAAGAGAUGGAAGCUUUAGUGAAACAUCUGCGGGAGACUGGUCUGAAAACUUUAAUUAUUGCCGGCCACUCGACCGGCUCUCAAAACGUGAUACAAUACCUCUCCAAUCCUUCAACCUCUCAAUCUUCUGAGCUCAAAGUCGAAGGCGGUAUAAUGCAAGCUCCAGCAUCCGAUCGAGAGUACCUAGACCUAUUGGGAUCAAAGGAAUGGUUCGAGAUGUUACCAUUAGCUGAACAGAUGAUCAAAGAUGGUAAAGGUGAUGAGCUCUUGCCAAAGGAAUUUUGUGAUAAGGCCAAUUUUGGUGGCAAUCCUUUACCUAUAACUGCGUAUAGAUUAUUCAGCUUGAUUGGCGUUGGUGGAGACGAUGACUACUUCUCUGACGAUGUUCCUCUCGAUCCACAAGAACCAUUCACUCAUUCCCUGUCAUCCUCAUUCGGCAAACUCUCAGCUCCAGCCUUGGUGCUGUAUUCCGACGCAGAUAUCAAAUAUCAAGUUGGCGAUGUUACGGAGAAAUUACAACGAUGGGAGAAAGCCUCGAAUGGGAAGUUGGAGUGGAAGUUGCUCAAGGAUGCUUCUCAUGAUGUUGAGCAGGCUGAGGCUCAACAAGUGCUUUGCGGAUAUGUGGAGGAGUGGUUGAAGAGGUUUGAGUAG